GGCAUUGGGCUGGCGCCGAGUUGGUGGGAGAUUCAAAAAUGUAGCUGGCAAACUUAUGCGAGCUGUUCUUACACACAGCAACGCACCGACUUACGGCAUUCUGACCUGGUAAGCCGCCAGUGUCUGAUCGUUCUUAAAUAAAAAAUUUACGGAGAGCACGAAGCCUCUGCCGCGAGUUUUUCAUUAUUAUUAUUUAUCUAAUUCAACAAUCGACACUUUAUUAUUUAUAUUUAAUAUCUAGUAACAAUAAAAAAGACAAUCACCAAUUACCUUCCAAAGGAUUUAAAUUACGCUUAUUUAUUUUCUUCAGUAGUGAUUUUAAAAUAAAUAUUAUUGUUUAAAAAAGACAACGUCCUGUGCACAAUUAAAGAGCUUUAUUUAAAAAAUAUAUAUUUAUAUAAUAUAAUAAUAUUAAUUACUGAUAAAAGUCUGCAGGUGCAGGUGUAAAUUAUAAAAAUAUUUAGUUUGUGUCGAGAAAGUGUGUGUGUGUGUUAAUGUGUAGGAAAGACUGUAGUAAGCCCAAGUUUAAAAGUUAAAUCAUCAACAAAACUGUCAAAGUAUAGUGUUUAGUUGUAUUUGUAUGUAACUUGGGCUGGUAAAACCGUUAAAGUCUAUAGUCUAUACCUACUAGUAGUUGUGGAUGUAGUAGCAGUGAGUGUUAUUCUAUUCCAAGAAUUAAACUGACGACUCAAAUUAUAGCCGGCAAAUAAUAAAACUGCCGACAGAGACUGGAUCUCUGGAAAGGUUCCAUUUAAAAAAUAAAAUAAAAGGAAAAAAUUGAUUGAAGGAUAAUUCGAUCGAGUUUAACAUGGAUCUAUUGUGCUGCGAGACUACUGAGGAAACAGAAUGUCAUGCUUAUCCGGAUCCAGCUCUUCUUGGAGACGACAGAGUUCUACAGAAUUUACUAAAAACUGAGGAACGUUACGCACCCAGCAGUUCUUACUUUGAAUGCGUCCAGAGAGACAUCACGCCGCUCAUGCGCAAGAUUGUCGCCGAGUGGAUGUUGGAGGUUUGCGAAGAAAGAAAGUGCCAAGAAGAAGUGUUCCCAUUGUCAAUGAAUUACCUCGACAGAUUUUUGUCUAUAUGUCCAAUCAGAAAAACGCAACUACAAUUACUGGGAACGGCGUGUCUUUUAUUGUCAUCGAAACUCCGUGAGACUAGGCCACUGACUGCCGAUCUCCUCGUUUAUUACACCGACAACUCAAUCACACUCGAUGACCUCUGGAGGUGGGAGCAGCUGGUGGUUUCAAAGUUAAAAUGGGAAUUGUCAGCGGUAACGCCUGGUGACUUUCUCCUGCACAUCCUCAGCCGUCUCCCAGUUGAUUCACGGGCAUGGGACUUUUUGAUGAUAAAACGGCAUGCGCAGACCUUCAUUGCACUCAGCGCGAGAGAGUACAAAUUUUCAAUGUACACGCCGAGUAUGAUUGCAGCUGCUAGCAUCGCAGCGGCACUUCACGGACUCGAUUGGACUGGAAAAAGUGGUUAUGGACUUGCUGGACUGCUCGAUGAACUUACCCGUAUCACAGCCAUUGAACAGGAUUACUUACAAGGAUGCCUCGAACAAGUUGAAGAAAUGGUGUCGCAGGCGCGAAUCGCCGGCACCAGUGAUCAGUACCAGUCGUCAAAUCAAACCGGGGGUAAAAGCCCACCUCUGAGACCGUUGGGGGAUCAGAACACGAGCCAGGACAAGAUAAUGGAACAUGAAAAGGCGGGCACACCUACUGACGUCAGAGAUGUCCACUUUUGAUCCUGGCUCGUUAAAAAUAAUAAUUAUUUGGAGAUGUUCAUUAACAAACUGAUGGCUGAUUGACAUUCUUCCAUCGAUUUAGAUUUUUUAAAAUCGAGCAAAUGAUAAGUCAUCAAGACAAUCCAGGUUGUUGUUGCUCGUACGUCGAUUGUGUCUCAAGUCUGCUAAUCUGCUAAUGUUUUGUCGUCAGACGUUAAUUAUUUGAGACAGACGUAUUGGGGGAAGGCAAUGCAAUACGCUUUACGCAUUUAGAUUUUUUAAGUACACUUAAUUAAUUGCAAGGCGGUACUACGAUUAUUAUUAUUAUUAUUCAAUUAUUGAGUAAGAAAAAAAAUAAUAAAAAUAACAAAAAAAAAAAACAUCUAAUGAUGCAAAACAAAAAAAUAAUAAUUGUAAUAGUUUAUUACAGACAGUAAUAGUAUCAAUAAUUAUAAUUAAUAAAUGAUAGUCAUAUCAAGUCAUCGAGGAUUUUGUAUAUAGCGUAUGAUGAAAAUAAUUUAACGGAUUAUUAUAUUUUUAUUAUUUUAUAUUACGUAUAACUGAUUAUGUGUUAUUAUUAUUAUUAUCAUUAUGAUUUUUUUAAUUUCAUAUUGAGAAUGGCAUGACGAUGUGUGACGUAUGAGUGUUUAAAUUGUAAGAGUGAAUUAAUCGAGUGAUUUAAAUUAAAAGUAUGGAAUAAAAUGAACGUAAUUGUGGUAUUAGACGAUGAUUGAAAAAAAUUAUAAUUAAAAUUUAGCGGUUAGAAAUUUUUUGUUUUUCCGCAGUUUAUGUUUUAUGUUUAUAAUUAUUAUUAUUAUUAUUAUUAUUAUUAUUAUUAUUAUUAUUAUAUAUUAUAUAUAUAUUGUAUUUAAAAAAAAAAAAAAUGAUGAAAAUUUGAGAAAUGUUGUGUUGAAUCCGUUUGUAAAUAUUAUAGUAUAUAUAGCUUGUUCUAAUUGAUAAUAAUUAUGAUUUAAGGUAUUUUAGGAUAUUAAAAAAACAGUUAUUUAAAUAAUAAUAAUGAUAACAAUGAUAAUGUUGCCACAUUUGAGAUGUUUGAAUUUUAAAAACGGACGCUGGGUCCAGAAUUUAGUUGUGGCAGGAUCUGAAAGUUGUAAUUCUAGUAGAUAUGAUUAUUUAUAUCAAUGAGAAUUAGUUGGUACUUAAGUUUUAAAUAUAAAGAGCGUAAUAACGUAAAUAAUUUUUUUAUUGACCGAAAUAAUUAAUGCUAAUUAAUAUUAUAAUUAAUUUUUUCUCGUGAAAAAUAUUUAGUCGGGAUUAAUUAUUUCGUUCAGUAAAUAAAUGAAAAUAAACAAUAAAAAAGUUAAAUCAUACUUUUUAUAACCAAAUUGUAGUACAAUUUAAAAUGUGAAUAAUAUAAAUAACUUUUGUUUCUGGAACAAAUAGAUAUACAAAUGUACCAUAUAGUAAUGUUAUAGUUUAGCUGUUAAUAAUAAUAAUGAUAAUAAUGAUAAUGAAUAAAAAAAAAUUGAACUGGGAAUCGUACUCGGAGUUUUUGAAAAUUUUUAAAAUCAACAAAUAAAUAUAUUUAUUAUUAUUAUUGUUAUUAUUAUAGAUUAAUAUUAUUGUUAUAUUGUAAUAACGUAAAUAUUACGUUAAAAAAUAAAAAUAUUCCGUGUACCUGUUGACAAGGUGUUUAGAAAUUCUUGUGAAUUAAAUCAGGUACGAUUAAUUCGAUAUAAUGAUCUAGUGCCUUGAAAAAAAAAAAAAAAAAAAACACAAUAAAAACCUGAGAAAAAUUAAUAAUUAAUAUCAGUACGAUAAUUCCAGUGAAGACUAUUUAAUUAAAUUGUUGGAUGAUCACCGCAAGAAUAUAAUUUUUUACAUGCAAAUGUGAACUGUUUUUUUUCUUUUAUUAUUUUUAUGCGGCACUUGAUGCCUUGAUGUAUAAUUAAUUAGCUGUAAUAGUUUUAAUAUUCAGGAUAACUUUGACACGUCCAUUUACUAGUUUGCAAUAGACCAUUGAUAUACCUCAAGCUCAUUAUUAAAUUCUCCACAUGAUUCCUUAUUAUUAAGACCUGUAAGUUAUAAAUGUCUGGAAUCACUCUGAUUUUUUUUUUAAUUUAAUAAAAAUCUAAAUUUGUAAUAUGUAACUCUUUACUUCAUUGUACAUAUCACACUUGCGAAACGCAUAGUCGAAAAAUAAAGUAUUCGUAUUUUAUACACAAAUAAUAA